AAAAAAACAGCAAUAAAAACAAAAAUAAAAUAAAAGGUAAUUCCCUUCUUUGAAUCUUGAUCUUGCAGAGGAUCAUAUUUGACACAGAAGGGAAUUUCUCGUUUUCUUAUUUUUAGGGGAAUUCUGAAUUUGUUCCCCUUCACGAUUUCGGAAUUCUUAGAAAUUGCGGUCGAUUUCGCGUUAAAAUUUCUGGAUUCAGAUAAAAAAAUUUCGGAAAAGAUGACAAUGGGAGAGCUUCUCCGUAUUCAGCCUUCAGAGCUAAAAUUCCCAUUUGAAGUGAGGAAGCAGAGUUCAUGUGCUCUGCAGUUGGCUAAUAGGACAGAUCAGUAUGUGGCGUUUAAGGUUAAGACAACCAAUCCAAAAAGGUAUUCCGUUCGGCCGAAUGUUGGUGUUGUUUUGCCCUGUUCUGUGUGCAAUAUCACAGGUGAAAAGCCCUAUGAUCAAUCUAAACAUUCUCUUAUUUUAUUGUCUUUAAUUGUUUUCUUCUUUUGUGGUUUUGUGUUUUUAGUUACUAUGCAAGCACAUAAGGAGGCUCCCCCUGAUAUGCAAUGUAGGGAUAAGUUUCUAGUUCAGAGCGUUAUUGUUCCGAAUGGCACAACAACUAAGGAUAUAAACCAGGAAAUGUUCAACAGGGAGGGUGAAAAGUUUGUCGAUGAGUUCAGAUUAAGGGUCAUUUUCAUUCCUGCAAACCCUCCCUCCCCAGUACCCGAAGAAGAUGAAGAAUUGAGUUCACCUGGAACAUCUUCAGCUGAGGAUGAAAUAAAAAAUUCUUCAUUGUCUGAACCUGAACGGUCUGCUGUCCUAAAGUUGAAAGACGAGAAAGCUUCUGUUAAUAUACAAAAUGAUAAGCUCCUCGGCGAAUUGGAAUCCAUGAGGAAACAAACUGGACAAGGGAGAUUUGGAUCCGUUUUCAUACUUAUAGUUGGGCUAAUUCUCGGAAUAUUGGUGGGAUACUUUCUCAGGAUACAAGUGCCUACACUGCAGUAAGGUUUGGUCUUUGUUCAGAUGUCAUACAUUUGCUCACCGGAAUCUCUUUCAGCCUUGUCCUUAGUAGAGACUUUAGGCUUAUUAUUUAAUUUUUCGCAGGAAGAUAUUGGCUUUCUGUUAUGUAGUACCAAAUUUUGGUAUCUGAUUCUUUUAGAAAACAUCGACAUACAAAAUGUCUUGGUUCAUUCAGCCUGACCUUAAUGAAAUAGGUGAAGGUGACGUGCUUUUUUAAAGCCUAGAAUUGUUGUGGCCUCUCAAAAUCGUUGUGAAUGUUGAUAAAAUUCAUUUUGUAAAAUUGCUGCAGUUUUUGUUAGAUA